GUUGCAAUCUUAUUUCCCUGAAUAUGAACCUUCGACUUAUGAUUCAAAAGAUUGUCCAACUUAUGGUCUUCCGCUUGCUCAAGGCAAGUUAAAGCACAAGAGAUUCCAGGAAUGUUUUAAAUUCUUUUAUUCAUGCUCCUCCAGAACUCCCAGCCAGUUCACUCCAUUUUCUUGUAGAACCCUUGGUCCUGAGUUGCUGAGACUGUCGUUGCAUCAUCAUUGCCGAACAUCUAAUAAGCAAGAUCUAAGCGACAUCUGGUCCAGUUAUCUUAUUGCUAGAGACCUGCAUUAUGGCCUUUCUGUGGACAAAAUAAUUACAUCUAAAGCUGGAGUGGAGUACUACGCUCCAAAUCAGUUUGCACGACAAUUUGGCAUGACGCAGGCAGUGUCUCUCCCUCCUAAUUGGCUAUCUGCCAAUACAUCAUCAUUUGGUACAGCAGUUUUCUGUUCAGUAAAUGAUAUCCAAAAAGUGAGUUCAAGGUUUGUCCAAUUGAAGGAAAAAUUUUCAGCUGUCAACUUUGAUGCCAAUCCGAAAUGCACUCCAUCGUUUGAGUCCUGGUGGUCGAAUUAUAUAGGUAAAACUAGAACUAAAUCAGCUGACGAAAUCCUUGCUAGAAUUUUCCCAGAUUUUCAGGUACCUGCAAGUCUGAUGCGAGAAAAGACUUCCGAGCCAGAGAUUUUAGAAUACAAUGCACAGAUUACUGAAGAACGAGCAACCAAAAAAAGGAGGAACAUAGAUGAUAAGCUUAAACAACUAAAAUUUUUGAAGUUCGUGGAAAUAUAUAGUGAUGUUAAAACCAUUGCAUGAUAUAUACACUUGCCUUACGUUGGUUCUUGUUGUUUCUCUUUUUCGAAGACUCUAUUCCACAGCAACAAAAGUUUGAAGUAAAAAAGAAAAACGAGAGGCGUUCGAGAAAGGUAGAGAGGGAAAGGAACAGAUUCCUGGAUGGUUUCCCAGAGAUCAUUGACAUGUCGGAACCUGCUAUUAACAUCACGAAACACUUUUCUGCAGUUCAUGGCUCAAUGCACUCAUCUGCAGGAACUGCUAAUCGUAGGAAGUCUAUUGCAGAUGUUGUUGUGUUAGAUGACACAUCCUCAUCGUCUGAUGAAGAUUUCGUACCUUCAUCAUCUUGGUGGAAGAAUAAGAGCAAGACAGAUGUUGGAGGAGAUUCAAGCGAUGAUCAUUCUGAAAAAGAUGAGGCAGUCCAGUUCUCUGCUCAGUCCCCGGGAAUGCAUGUUCAGUCGCCUGCACUAAAAAAGUCUCAAUGCUCAGCACAAGUACUUGACAAAACCAAAGGGGAAGUUCACAAGCUACUUAUGAUGCCUUUGAAUGAAGUUGUUCUCCCGGAAAACCAGUCAUCUUUAAUAGCUGCCCUUCCUAGAUAUGCUGCAUCACCCCAUUUCUCAAUUGAGAAAGCACGUGCUGUUGCGGAACUCAAAAAGAUCUUCCAUCCCAAUUCUCCGAUUUUCAGCAGAUGAAGAAACAGCAAGAAGAGUGUAGUAGUAAGGCUGACAAGAAGAUGUUCCUGACUGACCAUCUUACUAAAAGGCAGGAACUUCACAAUGGUCUCAAACACGAUAACAUUGAAAUCGACAACUCUAUAUAUUUCAUCAAGAGUAAAAUUGCAGAACUGCAGGCGUUUCUUGAACAAGCAAUGACGAAGAAGAGAGCCAUUGAGGAACUAGAGUUGAAUUGUCAUAAACAAUGUUCAGCCAUUUUAGUUGAAUUGGAAGAAAUGGGAGCUGAAUCUCUUGAUUUAGAGAAAGAGCUGGCUGAUACUGACAUUACUCAAGCAGAGUCUAGUUGGAUAGACUACAAACAAAAGAUAAUUAGCUUGAGAAUUUGAAGUUUUGUCUAACACCUUCAAUUUGGAUUAGAACAAUUGUUGCUAUCUUCUCAACUUGCUUUUAUUACAAGUUUGAAUGUAAGUUUGUGACUUUGGUACUUAUUGUUGUAUGUGAAGGUUGCACUUUUUUCUUUCAUCUUCAUUCUUUAAACAUUUCUUAUGCAAGUGCUUGAAAGAAUCCACAACAACAUAGCUUUCAUAUAAGGUCAACUGACUGAACCAUGUUGGCCUAUUGUAUUUUUGUAAGAUAAUGGUCUAAACUGUUAGAAUUUGGAGCUUAAGAGAAG